AUGUCGGCCGAGAAGAGACCCGCGUCGGACGAGCCCAAUGGCGGCCAACUGGUCGUCAAGAGGCAGAACUUGGGCACUAGUCGCGCCCUGACAAGGUCGAGUGCGGCGGGAGGGAGCGGCGCGCUCGUUCAAGCGGCGCCCAGGACAAGCAGCCUCCAAGCACCAGUCAUGGAACUCUCUGGUCAUACUGGGGAGAUAUUUUCGGCCAGAUUUGACCCUUCCGGAAACCUGAUCGCGUCUGGAUCGAUGGAUAGAACAAUAAUGCUAUGGAGGACCUACGGCGACUGCGAGAACUAUGGCGUGUUAAGUGGCCACCGAGGUGCAGUGCUCGAUCUGCAAUGGUCCCGCGACUCGGAGAUCCUCUUCUCCGCCUCGGCAGACACGCAUCUUGCGAGCUGGGAUCUUACAUCAGGGGCGCGCAUACGUCGAUAUGUGGGGCACGAGGAAAUUAUCAAUGCGAUGGAUAUCAACAAGCGCGGAGAGGAGCUCCUCAUUAGCGGCAGUGACGAUGGGACGAUUGGCAUAUGGGAUCCGCGGACAAAGAACGCUGUCGACCAUAUGGAGACCGAAUUCCCAAUCACGGCCGUAGCGAUAUCCGAAGCUGGGAACGAGAUAUACUCGGGCGGUAUUGACAACGAUAUCAAGGUCUGGGAUGUUCGGAAGAAGGCUGUUGUUUACUCGAUGCUGGGACACCAGGACACAAUCACCAGUCUCCGAGUAUCUCCCGAUGGCCAGCAACUGCUGUCCUAUUGCAUGGAUUCUACUGCGAGAACAUGGGAUAUCAGACCGUUCGCGCCAGCAGAGAGACAUAUCAAGACCUUUGACGGUGCUCCCAUGGGUCUGGAGAAGAACCUGAUACGAGCAAGUUGGGACACGGCUGGGAAGAAGAUUGGUGUUGGCGCUGGAGAUGGCACUGCCGUCGUUUGGUCGAACGAUACUGGCAAGCUCAUGUACAAGCUGCCGGGCCAUAAGGGAACCGUCAACUGCGCCGAAUUCGCCCCCGGCCCUGACCCGAUCAUCCUUUCCGCUUCUUCCGACCGAACAAUGCUGUUGGGUGAGUUGAAGUGA